CCACAAUUUGCCUUUUGAAUGCCUUCUAAGGGAGGAAAAGUCAUCUACUUUGGGAUCAAAGUCACUAUGUGGAAAAAACAUCUUUGCUUUUGCUUUUUCCUUCUGGCUGUGACAACAAACCAGAUAGUAUAUGGGCAAAACAGAAAGAAAGGAAAGAAUUCGUAUUCUCUCAUGCAAAAAGAUGAAGGUGAUACAUGUCUCAUUGAUAUAGUUUUUAUCUUGGACAGUUCAGAAAGUGCCAAAAAUGAGUUGUUUGAUUUACAGAAGAAUUUUGUUCAAAACUUAACUGACAGCAUUUUCCAGGUGAAGCCGGUUAAGUCUCAGAAGUAUAAUGUCAAACUAGCAAGUAUGCAGUUCAGCAGUACAGUCAGCAUUGAUCAUCCCUUUACAACCUGGAAAAAUGUGCAGAAUUUUAAAGAGAAAAUCAAGUCUCUGGGCUUUAUUGGCCACGGCACCUACUCCUAUUAUGCAAUUUCCAAUGCAACUCAGCUGUUUAAAACUGAAGGUCGUAAGAAAAGUGUGAAAGUGGCUUUUUUGAUGACUGAUGGUAUGGAUCAUCCAAACAGCCCUAAUGUCCAGGGUAUAGCCACAGCAGCUAGGAGUCUUGGAAUACAUUUUUUUACCAUUGGCCUUUCUAAGACAAAAGUCCAAGAAGAAAAAUUGCGUGUGAUAUCUGGUGAUUCAUCGUCUAAACAUGUCUUAUGCCUGGAUGAUCAGAACCUGAUAGUUGAUACAGCGUUGGAACUGGAAGCCUUACUUCAGAAGCAGUGUCUGCAGAAGAACUGUCAGUGUGAAAAGGGAGUAAAAGGAGACAAAGGUGAUUCUGGCAGUGCUGGUAACAGAGGGGAAAAAGGUGAGCCAGGACCAAAAGGAAACAAGGGCGAUGCUCAAAAAGGAGAUCAUGGAGAAAAAGGUGAAGAGGGAGCUCCUGGCUACAAGGGAGACAAGGGUGAAAGAGGAGAAUGUGGAUCACCAGGAAUAAAAGGGGAAAGAGGUUUGGAAGGUCCUUUUGGCCCUAGGGGACCUCGGGGACCUCAGGGUAUCACUGGACCUCCAGGUGAGCCAGGCCCGAAAGGCAUUCAAGGAAGCAAGGGAGAGCAAGGUCCUUUAGGUCCCUAUGGUCCUCCAGGACUCCCUGGUGUUGGACAGCCAGGACCCAAGGGUGCUCAAGGUCAAGAAGGUAAAAUUGGAUUCCCAGGACCGCCUGGAAUUGGUGAGCCAGGAUUACCUGGACCACGUGGCCUUGAUGGUCUGCCAGGUGAGAAAGGUCUAACAGGAGAGGGCAUUCAAGGCCAAAAGGGUGAAAAAGGCUCUGAAGGUGUAGCUGGUCCUCCUGGACCGCCAGGUCAACAAAUGAAAGGUGACAAGGGUGAACAAGGCCAAGUAGGACCGCAGGGCCCAGCAGGUCCACCAGGAAUAGGCAAUCCAGGAAGCCAGGGUAUACAGGGUCCACAAGGAAACCCUGGGGCAAAAGGAUCUAAGGGGUUUGGUCUGCCAGGUCCAAAGGGUCAACCAGGUGAACCUGGACAAAAAGGAGAACCAGGUCUUCCAGGAGUUGGCAUCCGAGGACUUAAAGGAGAUAUAGGUCUAUCAGGACUUCCAGGAGAGAGAGGGGUGCAGGGAGAUCCUGGGAAGUCAGGGAAAAAGGGGGAAAAGGGAGAUCAAGGUCCAAGAGGCCCAGAAGGUCCCCCUGGCAAAGGAGAUGCAGGCCAAAAGGGUGACCCUGGAGAAAAAGGAUCCCAAGGAUUGAUUGGUUACAAAGGAGUACAAGGCCCAGCUGGACCAAAAGGUGAACCAGGAGAGAGAGGACCACCUGGUGUUGCUGCACCAUCUAUUCAGGGACCUGCUGGACCAAAGGGGGAUCCAGGACCCAAGGGGCCACCAGGAGAUGAUGGACUUCCUGGAAAUUCAAUAAUGGGACCAACGGGUAACCGGGGACUACCUGGACUACCUGGACCUCGUGGAGCAAAAGGCGAUGGCCACAAAGGUGAAGCUGGACCUCCAGGACCAGCAGGCCCCCCAGGACCAGCAGGCCCAAAAGGCGUGGGAGAUGCCGGACCAAAGGGAGACCGUGGAGUGAGAGGCUAUCCUGGGCCCCCAGGGCCACGGGGAAGCGGAAUGGUUGGUCCCAAGGGUAUUAUGGGACAGAAAGGCUUGCCUGGUCGACCUGGCCCCCCUGGUGACAGCAUACCAGGAAGCAAGGGAGAAAAAGGAAAUCAAGGUUUUCCUGGACUAAAAGGAUCAAUAGGAAUUGGCCUUCCUGGACCAAAGGGAGACUAUGGAGAUAAAGGUGAUCCAGGGAGCAAAGGUGCCAAAGGAGAGAUUGGAGACCCAGGACUUCCAGGACCAAAGGGAAUUUGGGGAAGAAAAGGUGAACCUGGUCUUUCGAGAGAAGAAGUUAUCAGACUUAUCAAUGAAAUAUGUGGUUGUGGUAUCAGAUGUAGAGUAACACCACUGGAACUAGUAUUUGUCAUUGACAGUUCAGAAAGCGUUGGACCAGAUAACUUCAAUUUUAUCAAAACUUUUAUGAAAACAGUCAUUGACAAGGUAUCAGCCAACCACGCUACAGCCCGCAUUGGCAUUAUCAACUUCAGCCAUAAAGUGGAGUUGGUAUCUUCUCUGAAGCAAUACACAACCAAAGAAUACCUGAAAUCAGCGGUUGAUAAAAUGCCCUACUUAGGAGAAGGCACCUACACAGCUUCUGCUAUCCAAGAAGCCAUUCAGUUAUUUCAGGCAGCACGCCAGGCAGUAAGAAAAGUGGCUGUUGUAAUAACAGAUGGACAAGCGGACACUCGUGAUAAAGUACAACUGGAUACCGUAGUAAGAGAGGCCCAUGCUACGAAUAUUGAGAUAUUUGUCAUUGGGAUUGUUCAAAGGACUGAUUCUCAUUAUGAUGAUUUUCUGAAAGAAAUACAGCUCAUUGCAACAGACCCUGAUGAAGAACAUGUUUACCAGAUAGAUGACUUCAUGACGCUUUCAGCUCUUGAAAAUAAACUGAUCACAAAAAUCUGUGAGAAUGAGUCUGAAGUCUACACCAGAAAAGAGAAUGUUUUAUCUCCAAGUCCAGAAUCUGAAAUUGCUAGUGAAGAUACUAAUAGCCAGUUACCUAAGAUGACUACUUCAGAGAUUUAUACGCUCCCUGCAGAAGGAAUCAAUUACACACUUAAUCCACCACGGACCAGAUAUACUGAGCCACUGCCAUCUGCUCAGGAUCUCACUGUGACCACCUCUGCUCACAGAGAAUCAAGUUUUCCCCCACUUUAUGACAAAUCUGAAAUCAGACCUCAGAGUCCAGCUGUCAAUCCUUUGUUCAAAGUAACUGCUACUGAAGAUCACCACCUAACUGUGUUGCAAACACAGAUAGCAACAACCCAAAAAGAUCCAAGGUGCUUUGAACCUCUGAAACCAGGGGAUUGUCGGGACUACGUGGUAAAAUGGUAUUAUGACAAGAAUGGCAACUCUUGUGGCCAGUUCUGGUACGGAGGUUGUAAUGGUACCAACAAUAGAUUUGAAACAGAAAAAGAAUGUCGAAAAACCUGCACUGAUUGAUGAAUAAAAAUGACUGCUGUUUGGAGUUUUUAAAGCUGGAAGUUCAUGUGUAUUGAGGAAGAACUGACUGAGAAGAAUCUGAAAUUAUGUGUUAACACGAAUAUAUUACUACCACACUCUACUGCUUUCCCCACUCUACUGCUUUCCCCACUAUGGUAUACACAUUAACUUACAAUCACACAUACACACACACAGGAACAUAUGCCUUUUCCCUCCAAAUUUAUAUCAACUUGUUACUACUACAUGUGGCAAUAAUAAUAUUCUAUUCUUAGGAUUAAAAUGUCAAAAGUGUUUACACUUAGCAUUUAAUGACAGAGGUCUCUUAGAAGAAUAAAAUAUGCUCUAGUUUUAAACAAGAGUAAGUGAUUCCUGAAAUAAGCACUCUUAAUACAGCAUUUAGAGACAUAAAUUAAGAUUUCCAGUAAUUGGAGUACCUCUUUGGAAUGUAAAUACCACAGCUAUAGCUAAUUAGAGGGGGUUUUUUCACCCCCGAUUAAAGCACAUUUGGAUUAACAUCAAUAUAAUCUUUUCAAUUAUAAAAAAGGUAGGCGUUUCAUUCAGAAUUACAUUAAAAACAAGAUUCUUCAUGUCCUUUAGGCUAGUCAGUACAUUUCAAUUUCUCAGGGCCUCUGUGUUAAAAAGUUAUUUCACUCUAAUAUAUGGUAUUAAAUUAAAAAAGGGAAAAGUAUGGAAAGAUGUAUACAAAUGUUUACUUAUAUCCUUUCUACUUUUAGCCAUAAUCCUAUAUGAACAUAUCAUUAAAAUUGAAAAUUGCGAGCAUGUGAUUAAAAUGGAAAGCAAUAUCUGAUAGAGUCA